GAUUCCACAGCGAGAGAAGCCUGGUGGCGCGAAAAGACACACACCAGUGCAGAGUGCGACACGAGGUGUUCUGCACUGACCGUUUCUCAACGCUUUUAAAAGCUAUACAGAAAAAAAAUGGCUGUUGAAUUUGUGGACGAUCAGGAAAUGAGGGAGGCGCAGAGGGAUUAUCUGGAUUUUCUUGACGAUGAUCAAGACCAGGGCAUUUAUCAGAGCAAAGUACGACAGAUGAUCAGUGAAAACAAAUCCAGGCUCAUUGUGAACCUCAACGACCUCCGCCGCCGCAACGAACAGCGUGCAGCCAAGCUGCUGAAUAAUGCUUUUGAAGAGCUCCUGGCGUUCCAGCGUGCUCUCAAAGAUCUGGUGGCUUCAAUAGAUGCCACUUAUGCCAAGCAACACGAAGAGUUCUUCAUCGGUCUGGAGGGCAGCUUCGGCAGCAAACACGUCUCCCCUCGAACCCUCACCUCUCGCCUGUUGGGUAGCAUGGUGUGUUUGGAGGGCAUCGUGACCAAAUGCUCUUUGGUGCGUCCCAAAGUAGUACGCAGUGUGCACUACUGUCCAGCCACUAAGAAGACCAUGGAGCGCAAAUACACUGAUAUGACCUCUCUGGAUGCCUUUCCUUCAAGUGCCAUUUACCCCACCAAGGAUGAGGAGAACAAUCCACUGGAGACUGAGUUCGGUCUGUCCAUCUAUAAGGACCACCAGACCAUCACAGUGCAGGAGAUGCCGGAGAAAGCCCCUGCCGGUCAGCUGCCCCGCUCUGUGGACAUCAUCCUGGACAAUGACUUGGUGGAUGUUGUAAAGCCAGGGGACCGUACGCAGGUGAUCGGCACCUACCGCUGCCUGCCUGGCAAGAAGGGCGGAUUCACCUCGGGCACCUUCAGGACCAUCAUGAUCGCCUGCCAUGUCAAACAGAUGAGCAAAGAAGUCUCUCACUACUUCUCUGCAGAUGAUGUGGCCAAGAUCAAGAGCUUCUGCAGAACUCGCUCUAAGAAUUCGUUUGAUCAGUUGGCUCGCUCCCUGGCCCCCAGCAUUCAUGGUCAUGAGUAUAUAAAGAAGGCGAUCCUGUGUAUGCUUCUGGGAGGGGUGGAGAAGGUUUUGGAGAACGGCUCACGCAUUAGAGGAGACAUCAAUGUGCUUCUCAUAGGUGACCCUUCAGUGGCCAAGUCUCAGCUGCUCCGGUACGUUCUGCACACUGCUCCUCGUGCCAUUCCCACCACAGGCCGAGGCUCAUCGGGUGUAGGUCUGACCGCAGCCGUCACCACUGACCAAGAGACAGGCGAGCGACGUCUCGAGGCUGGUGCCAUGGUUUUAGGGGAUCGCGGUGUGGUCUGCAUUGAUGAGUUUGACAAAAUGUCAGAUAUGGAUCGCACUGCUAUCCAUGAGGUCAUGGAACAGGGCCGCGUCACCAUCGCCAAGGCUGGCAUCCACGCUCGACUGAACGCCCGCUGCAGCGUCCUGGCAGCUGCCAACCCCGUAUAUGGCCGAGUUUUGGAGAAGGAACGUAAACGCUCUAGAAACGGAGAGCAAGAUGCAGCAUCAGAGGAGGAGGAGGAAGAUGAAGUACAAGACACACCUCAAACACAGAGAAAAAGGAGGCGCCAUUCUGAGCGCAGAGCAUCUCAGGGCAGCGAGCCAUAUGACCCUUAUGACUUUAAUACUGAGACUGAUGUACCACAAAUUCAGUCCCCUGCUCCUGCGAGGCAGGAUGAGGAGCUAAUAGACGCUCCUGGUCAGAACGGUCACACAGAGUUGUCUGAUGGCAGGUUGAAGGAGUUCAAAACCGCAUUGCUGGAGGUGUUCCGCUCUUCUCAUGCUCAGUCAGUUGGCAUGAUCACUCUGAUGGAAGGCAUCAACAAGAGCUGCCCAUCACCCUUUAAAGAAACUGAGGUCCGUGCUGCCCUCAGUCGCAUGCAGGACGACAACCAGGUUAUGGUUGCCGACGACAUCAUCUUCCUUAUAUAAAUGUGUUUUUUGGAGAAUAAGAGAAAUGAAAAAGUGUAGAUCUAUUUCAGAAGAUUUGCAAUAUGUGUGCAAUGUUUAUUUCCAUACUUUUGUACAUGCAAACACAUGCAUGUAUUUCUUAACAUUUUCAUUCACUCAAGACAUUUUCAUUAGAUUUUUCUUACUGUAAUUUUU